AUGACAAUUUUCUCUCGAAUUUUCUUUCUUUCACUCAUUGCCAUUUGGUACAUAUCUCUUACAGCGUUUGGAGCUACUACUAUUCACCCGGAUGAAAAGAAAGCUCUUGAAGCGAUAGCUAAAUCACUUGGUAAGAAGGAUUGGGACUUCAAUAUUGAUCCGUGCAGCAACAAACCUAAUUGGGUUACGCCUACCAUACCUCAUGUCUAUGAUAACAAUGUCACUUGUGAUUGCUCUGUUGCCAAUGAUAAUUUUUGUAAGUUUCUCGUUACCCUCCAUUUCACGGAGAAAAAAAACAUCGAGAUACAUAACAAUCAAUUUUCUGGAAAUCUACCUUCUGAGUUUGGUUCUCUAACCAAAAUUCAAACACUGCGAUUUUCGUCUAACAAUUUUUCCGGAGAACUACCUGCUACAUUCGGCAAGCUCACUACAUUGCUAGAAUUCCGAAUUGAUGACAACCAAUUCACCGGAAAGAUACCAGAUUAUAUUCGGAAUUGGACAAGUAUUAACACCCUAAUGAUUCAAGGAAGUGGAUUAAGUGGGCCGAUUCCUUCUGGAAUUUCAUUUUUGAAAAACUUAACUGAAUUGAGAAUUAGUGAUUUGAAUGGUCCUGAAUCUGCACCUUUGCCACAGCUGAAUAAUAACACAUUGUUAAAAACACUAGUUCUGAGGAAUUGCAACAUCAACGGACCACUACCCGAAUACCUUGGGACUAUGACAAAAUUACAACAUAUCUCUCUCACAGACCUCAGCUUUAACAAAUUAAGUGGAACAAUUCCGAAGAGCUAUGGUGACAUGAUCGGUGCCAAUUACAUAUUUUUAACUGGAAACCUUCUCACCGGAGAAGUGCCUUCUUUUGGAAAGAAAACUAACUUUGAUCUUUCAUACAAUAACUUCAACAUCAGCCAAGGGAAUCCAAUAUGUCAAAAUGAAAAUGUGAACUUAUUUUCUCCUUCAUGGGCACGCAAUAACAUAGGAACAGAUUCAUGUUUGAAAUUUGUUUGUCAGAAGCCCUCAACCUCUCUUUAUAUAAAUUGUGGUGGAAAUCAAGUAAUAGUCAAUGGAAAAACUUACGAAGAUGAUUCGAGUUUAGGUGGACCGGCAACAUUCCAUGCAUAUCCAACCGGAAAUAAGGCAUUUAGCACCACAGGUGUAUUCCUUGGAAGUGCACAAGCUGGAGAAACUUAUUCCCCACAAAAUAUCUCUAAACUUACUAUGGAAGACCCCCAAUUAUACACACGUGCUCGUAUUUCUCCUAUUUCUUUGACUUAUUAUGGAUUUUGUCUGCAAAAUGGUAGUUACACAGUAAAUCUACAUUUUGCUGAAAUAAUGAUCCCAGAUGAUCUAACUUAUGGUAGUCUGGGAAGACGUGUAUUUGAUAUCUACCUUCAGGAAAAGUUAGUGCAAAAGGACUUCAAUAUUGCUAAAGAAGCAGGAGGAGUAGGCAAGAAAAUCAUAAAACAAUUCAAUAAUGUUCUUGUUACUAGUAAUACUCUCGAGAUCCGCUUGUAUUGGGCUGGUAAAGGGUCACAGACUCUCCUAAAUUCUUCUGUACGUGAUGCUCUUAUAUCUGCUAUAUCAGUAGAAUUAUCGGACUUUCAACCUGGAAAUAUAGCUGCAAAAGAAGCCGUUCAAAUUUUGGUUGCAACAAUCACCAACAUUGAUGAAUAUAAUUUUUUUUGA